AUGGAAGGUGCAAAUAAAUGUGUCAUAGGAACAAAGAUAUUUAUCAGAGACAAAAAUAAAGUUUGGGCUAGUGCUGAAAUUAUAAAUGAAGAUGAAGAUAACAUUAUAGUAAAAACUGAAGAUGAUGAUAUAAUAAAAUUAAAGGAAACGGAUGAAUUUUAUCUUCGAAAUUUAGACUUAUUUGAUUCGAGUGGUUUGUCUGCUCCUUCAGAUUUAACAAAAUUGACACACUUGCAUGAAGCAUCCAUAUUACAUAGUUUGAAUCUUCGUUUUGAUAUUGAUGAGAUAUAUACAUUUACAGGUCCAAUAUUAAUCGCUGUGAACCCUUUUAAAAUAAUAAAAGAUUUAUAUUCUGAUAACAUGCUUGCUAAACAUGUUCAGCCUAUAAAAUCGAAAAGUCCUCACAUUUUCGCUACUUCUAAUAGUGCUUAUUUAGGUAUGUGUAAUAAUAACAAAUCACAGACAAUAUUAAUUAGUGGUGAAUCAGGUGCUGGGAAAACCGAAUCAACAAAAUAUGUUAUGAAAUUUUUAGCAUGUGCAGGUUCAGAUAUAAAAAAUAGAUCUUUAAUAGAAUCUCAGGUAUUAGAAAGUAAUCCUCUUUUAGAAGCAUUUGGUAAUGCUCGAACAUUAAGAAAUAAUAAUUCUAGUCGUUUUGGGAAAUAUAUAGAAUUACAAUUUUCUGUUGAUCAUAAAAAUUAUAUCAAAGGUAAAUUGUGUGGUGCAAAGAUAUUAACUUAUUUAUUAGAGAAGGUUCGAGUGUGUGAUCAACAAGAAGGUGAAAGGAAUUAUCAUAUUUUUUACCAACUUUGUAAAGCUGUAAAAGAGGCUAGGAGCAUUGUGGAUAAUUCAAUUAUGAGUAAUAAUGAAAAUGAUGACGUCGAAAAUUAUGUAAAUUAUAAAUGUGAUGAAGAUAAAAAUAAGGAUCAUAUACAAAAUAGUAUUUGUGAGGAACAUACAAAAAAAAAAAAGUGGUAUCAUUUUCCUAGUACAGAAAAAUUUAGAAAUUUGGAAAAUGUAGAACCCAUGAAAAUAGAUUUUACCGAUUUUAAAGAGCAUGUACAUUUUAGAUAUUUAACAAAAUCGAGUGUAUACGAAUUAAAUGAAGUUAACGAAUUAGAAGAAUUCGAAUCUACUGUACAUGCUAUGCAAACAAUUGGUAUUAGCAAUACAGAACAAUAUCAGAUAUUUAAAAUAUUAGAAGGGAUAUUAUAUAUAGGAAAUAUUUUAUUUAAUAAUGAUGAGAGUAAAGAAGAAGCUACUAUAUUAGAAGUAUCUAAUGAUGAUUUAAGAAAGGCUGCAUAUUUUUUAGAUAUUGAUGAAAAUGAUUUAAUAAAUUCUUUAUGUUAUAAAACAAUAGUGGCAAAUAACGAACUUUACAAAAAGCCUGUUAAUUCAAGUGUGGCUAAUGAUAUCAGAGAUGCUUUAUCUAGAGCUAUAUAUGGAUGUUUAUUUUUAAAAGUUGUUGAAAGAACAAAUGAGUCUAUAGGAUAUAUAAAAGAUAUAAAUUUAUUUUGUGGUGUUUUAGAUAUCUUUGGAUUUGAAUCCUUCCCAGUAAAUUCUUUUGAACAAUUAUGUAUUAAUUAUACGAAUGAAUGUUUACAACAAUUUUUUAAUAAUUUCAUUUUUAAAUGUGAAGAGAAAUUAUAUAUAGAAGAAGGGAUUCGAUGGGAUCCAUUAGAUUUCCCUGAUAAUAAAGAUUGUGUAGAUAUAUUAGAAUCUAAACCUUAUGGUGUAUUUUGUAUGCUAGAUGAAGAAUGUUAUAUACCAUCAGGUAAAGAUAAAAGUUUUUGUAGCAAAAUUAUAAGUAAGCAUACAUCUAGUAGUAAUAAUAAUCAAUCGAAUAAAAGAUUUAAAUCUAUUAAAACUGAUUCUAGUAGUUUUAUUAUUGUACAUUUUGCUGGGCAAGUUGUGUAUAAUUCUACUGGUUUUCUUGAAAAAAAUAAAGAUCAAUUAUCUCUAGAUGCACAAAAAUUGUUGUUACAUAGUAAGAAUAAAUAUGUAUCACAUCUAUUCGAAACUUAUUUAAGAAGAAAUACAGAUAAAAGAAAAUUUGUUACGGUUUCUAGUGAAUUUAAAGAACAACUCAAUUUAUUAAUGACAAGAAUAAAACAAACAGAACCACAUUUUAUUAGAUGUAUAAAACCAAAUGCUCAAAACGUUCCAGAUGUAUUUGAUAGAAUAUCUGUAAAUGAACAAUUAAAAUAUGGAGGUGUUCUACAAGCCAUAAAAGUAAGUCGUGCAGGUUACCCGGUAAGAUUAUCGCAUGCAGAGUGUGUACAAGAUUAUAAAAUUCUUUUAAAUAAAGAAGAUAGACGUAAAUUAGAAAUGUAUAAUAAGGAUAACAAAUCUUGGUCUUAUAAGGCCAAUUUUAUACUUUCCAGUUUGUAUAUAACUAAAGAAAUACAAGAAUAUAUAAAUAAUUUAAAAUUGUUGAAGGAUAAAAAAAAAGAAGAGGAAAAUAAAUUUUUUGGAAAUCUUUCCUCAAAGAAAAAAAAAAAAAUGCAAGAUACAACCACAGAAAUGAAGGAUGUAUCUAAUAUACAAAUUAAUAAUAAGGAUAAAACGAGUAAUAAUGAGGAUAAAACGAGUAAUAAUGAGGAUAAAACGAAUAAUAAUAAAGUUGAAAUGAGUAAUAAUGAGGAUAAAACGAAUAAUAAUAAAGUUGAAAUGAGUAAUAAUAAAGUUGAAGUGAGUAAUAAUAAAGAUAAUGUAAAUGAUCCCGUUUGUGAUCCUAAUGAAGAAGAGGAAAAAAACAAUUUGUUGAUAUGGUCUGUAGGAAAAAAUUUGUGCUUUUUCAAAAGUGAUGCAUAUAACAUUUUGUCAACUUUAAGAAGUGAUCUUCGAAGUUUAAAGGCCAUUGUUAUUCAGAAAAAUUAUAAGACAUAUACACAAAAAAAAUUAUACGAAUUAAUGAAAAAAAAAAUUAUCAUUAUACAACAAUGGUUUAGAAAUCGAUUAAAUAUUAUAAGAAAAGAGAAAUUAAAAAGACAAGAAGCUGAAAAGUUGAUUUGUUCUUAUAUUUAUACAUAUAUAAUUAGAAAGAGAUUUUUACAUAAAAGAAAUUGUUGUAUCCUUAUACAGUCACAUAUAAGAAGAUAUUUAAUGGUAAGAUUUUAUAAAACAUAUAGACAAAAUUAUUAUGCAAGUAAAAUACAAGCAACGUGGAAAGCUUACAAAGAACAUUUAUUUUAUAAAAAAUUAUUGAAAUCUACUAAAAAAAUACAAUUGAAAUGGAAGAGUAUAUUAGCAAGAAAACAAUUGAGAAGAUUAAAAAUGGAAUCGAAGGAAGUGGGUUCUUUAUUAUCAAGAAAUCAAGUAUUAAUGAAAGAAUUAAAAAAAGAAAAAAACGAAAAAAUAGAAAUAGAAAGUAAACUAUUAAAAGCAUCUGCUAAAAUAGAUAAGUUGAUUAAAAAAAUUGAUAAUUUAGAAAAAGAUAAUAAAAAUAAUGAAAAAGUAAUAAAGGAUUUGUUAGAGAGAGUUACUUUAUUAGCUGAUAAACAAUCAAAUGAGUGUAUUUCAUCGAGGCAUGUAUCUAAAAAAUAUGAGAAUAUAAAACAAAAGAAAAAUAAUAAAGAACUUAAUAAGGAUAUAAUUAUGUCUUUAAAGAGGGAAGAUACAGAACAUGUGGAUAGUAUGGAAAUUAUGAGUAUCCAAGGUAAUAAUACGCAUGAUGAUCCAAAUAAUGUACGUAAUAGCUAUAGCACAGACACCAACCUUACGAACUACUUAAAUAAUAACAAGAGCAACAAUAAUGAUGAUAAUAAUAAUAAUGAUGAUGAUAAUAAUAAUAAUAAUAAUGAUAAUAAUAAUAAUAAUAAUAAUAAUAAUGAUGAUGAUAUUUAUAUGGAUAACAAUUUAACAUUUACAAAAGAAAAAAUAGGAGACCUCAAAAUUAGGAAUAGUAUAGGAAAUGAAAAGAAUGAAGAAAAAUAUAAUUUAUUAAAUAAAAUAAAAAAAUUAGAAAUUCAAAAUAAAGAAUAUAUAAAACAAAAUGUAACAUUAAACGAUAAAUAUAAUAAAUUAGUAAGUUUAUUGGGACAGAUCAAAGAUACAAAUAAUAAUGUAUAUAAUGAUGUUUUAAUUAAUAAUAUUAAUAAUUAUCAUCAUAGUAGUGGUAUGUCGAAUAAGUUGUUAAUUAAUAAUUAUAAUAAUUACCACAAUAAUAAUAAUAAUAAUUAUUAUAAUAAUAAUUUUUUUAAGAAUUUAACGAAUUUGUCUAGCUGUAAUAGUAAUUCUUUAAUAGAAGCCAAAAUAGAAAAUAAUAUAAAUUAUGAUAAUAAGAGUUCUUUUAAAAAGAAUGAUGGAAUAGUGGAUAUUCUUGUAUGUGGACCAAGGAAUGUAGGGAAGACAAGUUUGUUAGAAGAUUUAUUUGUACGUUUAGGUGAUGAGGAUAAUUUAGGUUUAUUAAGAAAAAAUAAGAAACUUGUAAAUAAUGAUUUAAGUUGUUAUAAUUAUUAUAAUACAUAUAUUAUAACACAUAAAUGUUCCCAAAUAAAAAUUGUAGAUUGUGGAUAUUCAUCCAAUAAAAAUGUAGAAGAAUCAUUAUUUAAUUAUAUAAAAAAUUCAAUAUGUAUAAUUGUAGUAUUUGAUGCUACAAAUAAGGAAUCAAUAAAUCCAGCAGUACAUUUAUUACAAGAAGCAUCAUUAAUUAAUGUAAAGAAGACAACUAAGUUAUAUUUAUUUGAGAAUAUUUUUAAUGAAAAAAUUAAUUUAAAUUUUAAUAAAAAUGAUGUAUCAUAUGCUGUGCGUGUAUCUAAAGCAUGUAAUGCAUUAUAUGUAAAAGCAUUAGAUAUAUAUGAUAUAGUAAAUAAUUAUGCUAAUAAAAUAACUUUACAUUCUAAUUAUUUCUUGGAUAAUACUCAUAAUAAUUGUAAUUAUAAUUAUAAUUAUAAUUAUAAUCAUGUUACCUCUGUUCCUCCUAAUCAACACAAUGAACAUAAUAAUAAUUAUUAUUAUCAUAAUAAUAAGGAUAAAGAUAAAGAUAUAUAUGUUAAAGAAUCGGCACACUUAAAUCAUAUGAACAAAACCAAAAGGAAUACGCACAGUUAUAUGUCUUCAUAUCAUGAGGAAUCUUUAAAAGAUGGCGACGACGCCGUAUUAUCCUCCUUCGGAAAUAAAUCAAAUGAUUUAAUAAAAUCUAAACGAGGAGACAUAAGCAAAAAUAAAUAUAAUAAUAACAAAAAUAAUAAUAGUAGUAAUAAUAAUAAUAAUAUCUAUUCAGUUGUAAAUACAUUAAAAGCUAUAUGUGGCAUUCAAAAUAGCAAUAAGAAGAAUCAACAUAUACAAUUGUUGAGGGAAUCUAUGCCUUUAAAUAAUUAUGUAUAUGGUAAUAAAAAAUAUAAUUCAGAUCUAGGAAGAGGUUUACAACCAGUUUAUGAAAUAACGCUUAAAGGAAAUAUACCUAUAACAUAUUUGUGUAUUGGUCAAGAUAAUAUAAAUAAGAAUUAUACACUAUUAUCUGUAGGAUGUAAGGAUGGGGUUAUAUAUAUAUAUAAGUGUUUUAGGACUAGUUUGGAGUUAAAAAAUGAUUAUUUUUAUUAUUAUAACGACGAUAGUAGUAUAUACAACAGUAAUAAUAAUAUUAUGAUGAAUAAUAUGGGAAAUAACAUGAAUAAUAAUAUGGACAAAAAUGUAAAUAACGUGUAUAAUAAUAUGGAAAAAAAUGUCAAUAAUGUGUAUAAUAAUAUGGACAAAAAUAUGAACAGCAAUACCAACCUGAAUAUACAAAAUAAUGAUAAUAAUAAUAAUAAUAAUAAUGUAGGAUGUGAUGAUAAAGUAAAGAAAAGCAGUAUUAUGUCAUUAAAAAACGAUAGUAAUAAUAUAUAUGAUGAAAAUAGCACAUGCACAAAAUUAUUAUCCAAAUUAUCAGGUCAUAAAAAGGCAAUAACCUGUUUAGUAUUUUCUUUCUCAGAAGAUAAAAUUAUUUCAUCAUCAAUAGAUAGAACUAUAAAAAUAUGGGAGGUGUCAACAGGUUUUUUAUUAAAAGUAUUUUCUGAUUCAUCAGCAACUUUAUCUGUAUUAUUAUUUCCAACGAACCUAGAUAUUUUUUUAUGUUCAAAUUGUACAUCCUUAUUACGAAUAGUAAAUUUAAACAGUGGUCAGGUAUAUCAGAAAAUUAAAGUAGAGAGUGAAAUAAGAGCCCUCGAAAUGGAUGAUACUUGUUUAAAUAUUUUUGCAGGUUCAAAAAAUGGAACUAUAUAUGUUUUAGAAGUUAUAUAUAAUGAAAGAGUAGAAAUAAAAUUUCGUUUCCUUUUUUCCUUAUCACCAAUUACAUGUAUAAAAUUUAUACCAAGACAUUCUGUUAAAACAUCACCAGCAAUCAUUGUAAAUUCGUGUGAUAAUCAUAUAGGUAUUAUAGAAUGUGUAUAUGGGAACAAAGGAAUAUUAACAACAUUAUCCGUUAAACAUAGAAUACGAAUAAAUCAUGCCUUACUUCCCAUAAGAAAUUGUUAUUCUAGGUAUGGUGGCGGAUGGGUCAUGUCGGGUUCAGAGGAUGGCAACAUAUAUAUUUGUUCCUUGUUACCUCAAUCGAAUUAUAAGUUGAUAUUUUUAAAGCACCACAAGGCACCAGUAAUGGCUGUUGUUGUUAAUAAUAUUGAUACUUUAAUGGUUUCAGGAGAUUCCAAAGGAAACAUAGUUUUCUGGCGCAGGUCUUUUGUAUAA